AUGGCCGAGCUCGCAGUCGCAGAGGACCUCUUACUCCGCCUUGCGCCGGAGCUGGUCGACGCGGUCCUCCUCCGCCUCCCGCCGGGAGAGCCCGCCUGCCUCGUCCGCGCCUCCGUCGUCUGCAAGCCCUGGUUCCGCAUCCUCGCCGAUCCGGGAUUCCGCCGCCGCUACCUCGAGUUCCACCGGACGCCCUCCGUCCUGGGUCUCUUCGAGGACGACGGUGCCUACGUCCGCACCUCCGCCCUCCCCUCCGUCUACCCUGGCCGUGGCCGCUUGGUCGACAGGCCCCUGGACUGCCGCCACGGCCGCGCGCUCCUCGCCCCCUACAGCCGCUCCUUCAGGGAAGGGGAGGCCGUCAUCCUGACCGUCCUCGACCCUCUCACUGGCCGCCUGCGCCGCGUGCUCUCUCCGGUCGACGAACAUGUGCUCUGGUUCAGUGCGGCGGUGCUCUGCGCCGCGCAAGGCUGCGACCACUACGGUUGCCAAGGAGGGCAUUUCCGUCUCGCCGUCGUGACCACCGAUGAUGCAGGAGUCACGUCGGGCUGGCUCUACUCGUCGGAGACUCACGUGUGGAGCGAGCUCACCACCGUUGGUCACCCCGAGGUCGCCUACUGUGCCAACCAAGGUGCGCCAAGCGUCCUUGUCGGAGAGACACUCUACUUCAACAUCGAUGGCAUCAUCGAGCUUCACCUCGGUAAACUCUGCUUGUCAAAGUUUGAGAAGCCGAUCGCUGGCAAGGGGCGUCUCAUGACGGCGCAAGGCGGUGGCCUCGGAUUCAUUGCUAUGGUGAAUGUCACAAAUCUAACCAUGUGGUCAGGGGAGGCUGGAGCUGGACCGAAGGGAGCCAUGGAAUGGACAAAGCUCAGGAUAAUCGAUCUUAGGAAGCUGCUCCCUGCCGGGGCUCUCAUGACCCAAACAGUUGAUUAUGGGAUUAAUGGCGUCGCCGAGGGCACCCAAGUCAUAUUUGUGAGCACAUGUCUUGGUUCCUACAUGGUCGAUCUCAAAUCUCGACAAGUCAGGAUGGUGUCUGGUCGUGGCAGAAACAUCACUCCCUACAUGAGCUUCUACAUCCCAGCAAUUAAAGCAGCUUCCACUAGCAAGGGGCAGUGA